UUUAAUUUUUUUUUUUCUCUCAGCGACAGAAACCUCCCCCCUCCCGCAUCUCUCAACCUGCUCCUGCAUCAGUGUGUAUCCCAUUUCAUUUCCAUUUUUUUUUUUGUAUGGUUUUUUCUCUCAAUCGGGUUGCGAGGGUCGUUUCAAUCACUUGAUUUUGUUUUCUCAGGGUUGUUCGAUUUGUUCUUAAUCCGUGUGUGUUUGAUCUGUUUUUUUUUUUGUUUUUUUUUGUUUUUUUUUUUUUUUGUUUUAAUUCCUCAUGCGCGUGUGCUGUGAUUCCGUCAGCUCGUUUCUCCGAUCCAAGAGUUGUAGAUUUUGAUUUCAGCAAUGGCAUCGGCGCAGAACUCAGCGCCGAAUGUGGAUCUCUUUGAUGUAUACUUUCGACGUGCCGAUUUGGACCGCGAUGGUCGAAUUAGUGGUGCUGAAGCGGUUGCCUUCUUUCAAGGGUCUGGAUUGCCCAAGCAGGUUCUUGCACAGAUUUGGGCACUUUCGGACCCGAGACAGAUUGGUUUUCUCGGUCGGGCGGAGUUUAAUAAUGCCCUUAGGCUGGUCACUGUAGCACAGAGUAAGAGGGAACUAACCCCUGAGAUUGUAAAAGCAGCAUUGUUUAGCCCAGCUGCAUCUAAAAUACCUGCACCACAAAUAAAUUUCAAUACCCCGCCUGCAUCUCAGUUCAAUUCUACUCCGGCAUUACCUACACCUCAGACUGGCAUUGGUACUCCAACUCCCUCACAAGUCUCUGGGUUGGAAUCACAGGUUGCUCGAAGUGUUACUACGACUGCUUCACCGGUUCCUUCUAGAGAGAAUCAAUCUGUAAGGCCUCCGUUGGCCACUUCAAAUUCUGCUUUCCAUCCAGUGCAGGGAUUUUCAGGAGUAGGUCCCUUGUCGGGGCCACCUCCAACAAAUUCUAGCAUCUCGAAUGAUUGGGUCAGUGACCGUGCUGGUGGAGUUCAGGGGACACCCUCACAACCUCCGAACAGAGGAUUCAGUCCUGCUGGAACACAGGUUGGAUUUGGGCAAUCAAGUGCAGGACUAAUAACUUCUCUACCCCCUAGGCCUCAGACUGCUCCUGGAAUAAAGUCGGCUACACCAUCACCUGUGGAUAGUAAUGUGCAAGGUGUUUCCGGAAAUGGGAUUGCUUCUGGAUCAUAUUUUGGAGGAGGGCACUUUGCUGCAAGUUCUGUUCCCUCAAAACAAGAUGUCCCCUCAGAUAAAUUGUCGACUGGCAAUAUCAGUUCUACAUCAGUCACUGUUCCUGUACCUUCUGCUACACAACCAAUAGUUAGAGCAGGUUCCCUUGAUUCUUUGCAAAAUUCAUUUAUGAAACCACCUCUUGCUAAUCAGCCUCCACGGAACCAGCCACUAGGGAAGCCCAAUCAACAGAGCAUAUCGCACCCUGCUUCCUCUGGAUUAUCAACAGGAUCUCAGAACUCUGUUUCUGGUCAAUCUCAGCGCCCUUGGCCUAGAAUGACACAGACUGAUGUGCAGAAGUAUACUAAAGUUUUUGUUGUGGUGGAUAAGGAUAGAGAUGGAAAAAUUACCGGUGAAGAAGCACGCAAUUUGUUCUUGAGUUGGAGACUGCCAAGAGAGGUUUUAAAGCAAGUGUGGGACUUAUCCGAUCAAGAUAAUGAUAGCAUGCUUUCUGUCAGGGAGUUCUGUAUCGCACUCUAUUUGUUGGAGCGACAUAGAGAAGGGCACAUUCUUCCUGCUAUGCUUCCUAGCAACGUUGUGUUUGAUUUUUCCAGCAAUGGUCAUCCUGUGACUCCGGCUGCAUCUAACUAUAGCAAUGCAGCUUGGAGACCUACAGCUGGUUACCAACAGCACCAAGGGGUUCCUGGGUCUGGUAAUCUGCAUGGAGCUCCUGUAGUUGGAGAACGACCGCCUACACCUGCUGCUGCCUCCCCGGUUGAGGAUGAGCCACAGACCAAUAAGCCUAAAUCAAAGGUUCCUGUGCUGGAGAAAAAUCUUGUUGGUCAACUUAGUACAGAGGAGCAGAACUCCCUCAACUCAAAGUUCCAAGAAGCAGCAGAUGCGGAGAAAAAGGUUGAAGAAUUGGAGAAGGAAAUUUUGGAAUCGAGACAGAAAAUUGAGUAUUAUCGUACUAAAAUGCAAGAACUUGUCUUGUACAAGAGCAGAUGUGACAAUCGGCUGAAUGAAAUAUCUGAAAGAGUGUCUUCAGAAAAACGUGAGGUAGAGUCAUUUGCUAAGAAAUAUGAAGAGAAAUACAAACAAUCUGGUGAUGUAGCCUCCAGAUUAACCGUUGAAGAAGCUACAUUCCGUGAUAUACAGGAGAAGAAGAUGGAACUGUAUCAUGCGAUUGUGAAGAUGGAACAAGAUGUUAGUGAAGAUGGCAUUAUUCAGGUUCGUGCUGAUCGUAUUCAAGCAGAUAUAGAAGACUUAGUGAAAUCUCUCAAUGAACGCUGCAAGAGUUAUGGUUUGCGUGCGAAACCAAUAACUCUGAGUGAACUACCUUUCGGCUGGCAACCUGGCAUCCAAGUGGGAGCUGCUGACUGGGACGAGGAUUGGGAUAAAUUUGAGGAGGAAGGUUUCACUGUUGUCAAGGAACUCACUCUUGAUGUGCAGAAUGUCAUAGCACCUCCAAAGCAGAAAUCCAAAUCUGAGUCGGUGCAAAAAGAGCAAGGUUCAGCCAUUGACAGCCAAAAAGUUACACCUGCACCAGAUGUUGAUACCAAGGACGGAGAUUCUACACCAGAUGCUGAUUCCAAGGAAGAGAAACCUCCUAGUAUGGAUGAAAAAGCUGUUGAAAAUGGUUCCGUACACGAUAAUAAAAGUGAAGAUGGAUCAGCCAGAAGUGCUCCUAACAGCCCCUUUGCAAGUAGUGUUAUUGAAAGUCCCAAGGAACACAGGGAUUCCAAUUUUGGGAAGGCUGCUGGCUUUGAUGCUUCACCCCGUGACAAGGACACUCAAUAUAGGGAUUCCAAUUUUGGGAAGGCUGCUGGCUUUGAUGCUUCACCCCGUGACAAGGACACUCAAUAUAGGGAUUCCAAUCUUGGGAAGGCUGCUGGCUUUGAUGCUUCACCCCGUGACAAGGACACUCAAUAUAGGGAUUCCAAUCUUGGGAAGGCUGCUGGCUUUGAUACUUCACCCCGUGAUAAGGACGCUCUAAGUGAUCAUGGAGGUGUGGGAUCUGUGUUUUCUGGUGACAAGAGCUAUGACGAACCAGCUUGGGGAACAUUCGAUAUGAAUGACGAUAUUGACUCUGUUUGGGGCUUCAACGCUGGAGGUUCCACUAAGACUGACAAUGAUGUUAACCGAGACAACUAUUUUUUCGAUUCUGGGGACUUGGGCUUGAAUCCUAUAAGAACAGAACCAUUCCAGGCCAAGAGAAGUACAUUUGCUUUCGAUGAGUCUGUUCCUAGCACCCCACUCUUCAACUCGGGCAAUUCUCCGAACAAUUACCACGAGGGAUCAGAACCAAGUUUUGAGAACUUCUCAAGGUUUGAUUCUUCCAGUGUGCAUGAAGGUGGUUUCCCACCACAAGACACAUUUGCACGAUUCGACUCAAUGCGCAGCAGUAGAGACUUCGACCAGGGCCCUGGAUUCUCACCAUUUGGUCAGUUUGAUACAUCACGCAGCAGUAGAGACUUCGACCAGGGUGGAUCCUCAUUGACGCGAUUCGAUUCAAUGCGCAGCAGUAAAGACUUUGACCAGGGAUUCCCUUCGUUCUCAAGAUUUGAUUCAAUGCGCAGCAGCAAAGACUUCGAUCAGGAAUUCCCUUCAUUGUCACGGUUCGAUUCGAUGCGUAGCAGCAAAGAUUUUGAUCAAGGCCACGGAUUUCCAUCAUUCGAUGAUGCAGACUUCGGAUCGACAGGGCCGUUUCGGGCAUCCCUGGAUAAUCAAACUCCAAAGAAAGGAUCAGAUAACUGGAGUGCAUUUUAGCCAGGUUUGCAUCGCUCCUUUUACAUAUGAUAUAUUUGGUCUAAAGCCUUCUAGAACGCGGUUUAAGCUUGGGAUAAUAUGAUAUUAUUUGAGAUGUAGGUUUGUCCUCAGUGUGCCCCAUCUUUGCCUCAGGUUGAUGCUUUGUGAUGUAUUUUUUCUGUUCACCUUUGUGUAUUCAAUUUUUUUUUUGUUUUUUUAUAUAAAUUUUAAAUUCAUUUGUAUGUUCUUUUUAAGAGAAUCCUAUGCACAGCUUAUUGGCGUGAUAAAUUUGAUUAAUUUGCACAGUAUUAUUACCUGUUGGAACUAUGAUC